AUGAGCCCUUUUAGACUUGUAUAUGGUAAAGCAUGCCAUCUACCGGUAGAAAUCGAACACAAAGCUUAUUGGGCUAUAAAGGAAUGUAAUAUGAGUUUGGGUGGAGCCGGAGUAGAGAGAAAGCUUCAAUUGGCGGAAUUGGAGUGCUUGAGAUUAGAAGCCUAUGACAAUUCUAGACUCUACAAGGAAAAGAUGAAAGCCAUUCAUGACAAGAAUAUUAGGAGAAGGGAAUUUAGACCCGGUGACCUAGUGCUCCUUUACAACUCAAGGUUGAGAUUACUACCCGGAAAGCUUAGAUCAAGAUGGGAUGGACCUUACCAAGUAAAGAAAGUAGAACCUUACGGGGUCUAUCACUUGCGCCACCCAUCAAGUCCGGACAUUUUCAAGGUGAAUGGGCACCGUCUCAAAUUGUACCAUGGUGAGCAAAGAAAGAACUCCAAGGAAUUUGAAGUGUUCCUCUUGAGGGAUGCAUCUCUUGAACAAGAGCUUUGA